AAGAAGGAACAAAGAACAGUGUUUAUAUGAUUAAAGGGCUCUAAAUCUCUAAUGCAGCUAAAUUUUCUCAAUUUUCACAUUCAUAUAGAAACUUUUUCAGUUUCUGUGAUUCAAAAGCUGUUUUUGAUGGCUGCAUGAUCCCAUAUGUAUGUCUCUGCCAUUGUCAGAGUGGAAUGGCUUUGCUUGAUUCAUUGUUGGGGAAUGAAGCCAAACGAUUUGUGAAAAGGAAAGACAGUGAUGCAGGAGAAGCAGGUAAAGCACUUGAAGAACUCAGGGGUUCUCUCUACAAUGAUCUUCGGACUUCAGAAGGCGCCAAGCGCCAACAGCAACGAUUUUGUGGCCCGGUGGUGGCAAUGACCUUCAAUUUCAUAGUGUCUGUGGGGAUCAUUCUGGCAAAUAAGCUUGUAAUGGGGAGAGUUGGAUUUAAGUUUCCAAUCUUUCUCACAUUGAUUCAUUACGUGACAGCAUGGCUGCUUCUAGCCAUUUUUAAGACACUCGCAAUUCUUCCAGUUUCUCCUCCAGCUAGAACUACUCCUUUCACUUCUCUCUUCUCUUUAGGUGCUGUCAUGGCUUUUGCCUCUGGUCUUGCCAAUACAAGCCUAAAACAUAACAGUGUUGGUUUCUACCAGAUGGCUAAAAUUGCUGUCACUCCUACUAUUGUUCUUGCCGAGUUCAUUCUCUUUAGAAAAACCAUUUCUUGUAACAAGGUUUUAGCUCUAGCUGUGGUGUCAGCAGGUGUGGCAGUAGCAACAGUAACAGAUCUAGAGUUCAAUUUGUUUGGCGCUUUGAUUGCAAUCGCGUGGAUAGUCCCAAGUGCUGUAAACAAAAUCCUGUGGUCUAAUCUGCAACAACAAGGGAAUUGGACCGCCCUCGCGCUGAUGUGGAGGACUACCCCAGUUACUAUAUUCUUCUUAUUAGCUCUUAUGCCAUGGUUGGAUCCACCAGGAGUUCUACUGUUCCAGUGGGAUGUCAAUAACUCCAGUGCUAUUCUCAUAUCAGCAGUUCUUGGUUUUCUCCUCCAAUGGUCCGGAGCGUUGGCACUCGGGGCAACCUCAGCAACUAGCCAUGUUGUUCUUGGACAGUUUAAAACUUGUGUGAUAUUACUAGGGGGAUAUUUUCUUUUCAAAUCAGAUCCAGGCUUCGUGAGCCUUUGUGGAGCUAUUACAGCGCUUUGUGGAAUGACUGUAUACACAUCCCUAAACCUGAAAAAGCCACAAGACAAUGUGACCAAGCAGGCCUUACCAACACUGAAACCCAAAACCAUUGAUGACCAAGACGUUGUAGUAGAUUCAGAAUCAAGGGAUAGCACAACUGUUGUUUGAACCAAGCAGGCUUACUGAUUUGGUGUAUAGAUAGUUACUAAAGAACGUCUUUUCCAUUUCCUUGGCUGCUGAAUCACACUAGCAUUUCAUCAUAGUUAUACAAAGCCU